CCCUAUUAAAUAUGAUUUGUUGGUGUUCAAGCGCCCUAUGUACGUGUUACCCCCCUUUCCCCUAUAAUUUUUUAAUUUUCAUGCCCAAAAAUGAAUUCGGAGACCCCAAAUUACCUAUAUAUGACCUUCUUGCCUCAGAGUUAGGGUUUUGGCCGCAAUUUGUAUGGAGUGGCCCCACUGUGGGUAAAUGUGGUGGAGAUUUCAAAUCAUUUCACAAAAAUAGAUCUCAAGUUUGUACAUAAAAAAUCGUAAACGACACAAAAACGUAGGCAAUACGUUUAAUUCUCAAUGAAUACAUUCAUAACACAUUUUAAAUACACUUUACAACCCGAGAGGAUAUGAUGUUUUUUAUGGUAAAAAUAGUUCAGAGCUCACAAGGAGGGAGUGCCUGUAUCACGGGAAAGGAGUGCACUGCUGAAAAUCUGUGCAGUCGAACUCAUAUACUUCGAACGGACGGUUUUUUUUGUGGAAAAAGCAGAAAGGAAUACAGUUGAACAUGGUUUAUGAAAGUGAUUUUUACACUACACGUCGACCAUACAGUCGACCAAACGUCUCAUCGUACACAACUACGAGAAAUGAGGUGCCCUGGGAAAAGGUACCAUAUGUACCACGUCCGAGUCUAAUAGCAGACCCCGUUACUGCAUUUGGAAAAAAGAAGCCUAAGCACGAGGAACGUAAAUCUAUUUUGGAUCCUAUCAAUCGGGCUGCUAUCAAACCGAAAGAGUCACUGCUACGUCCACUGCAGCCUUAUGUGUCAGCUCGUGAAAAGACACGAGAAAGUGUCCUGAGAGAGAUGAAGCGUCAAGAGGGACUCCGGGAAGCAGGUGGAUCUCUAGCUGCAAGCACUGAUCCUCGAUCGAUGGACUCUAUUUUGCCACGGCUCCAUUAUACUACGGAUUCAAAAACUUCACAUCGAAAGAUCUUCUUUGUCGCACCCAAAUACUAACUUAAUCACCGAUUUUCGAUGGACAUUAAGGAACUUAAAUAGUAUAUCUUGGAGAUAAAGAGAGGAGAGAGAGGGGGGGGGGGGGGGUGGAGAUCUAUAAAGGAAUGGCA